AAUCUGCCACCAACAACCUCAAAAGAAGGAUCUUACUUGAUCUACUGUCUCCUCACAAUCCAAACACCAAGAAAGUUCUUCGUGUAGAAUGUAACAUCUCAACCAAUGUCCUCUUCAAUCUUCGGAGUCCAAUGGCAUCCCAUAUCCCAACAGCCGAUGUAAUGCUAUUGCGGACAAUACCAUGGCUAAUGCGGGGUUAAGCGCGGGGUUGAGCGUGGCAAAAGAAGUAUAUGAUCGUUCUUUCCGCAAUUGAGGAUGUUUCAAGCUUCUUCUGCCUGUUCAUUACUUCUUCAAGUGCUGAUCAUAGAAAAUGACGACCAUUCAUCGUAAUCCGCCUUUUCGCGCCGAACAUUUGGGUUCCCUGCUUCGUCCUGCGGAGCUCCUCGCCAGACGCAACGCUUUCGAGAAGAAUGAUCUGAGCCAGGAAGAACUGACUCGCAUGGAGAAUGAAUCUAUCAACAAGGUCGUAGAGUUGCAAAAAGAGUGCGGGUUCAUAGCUAUCAGUGAUGGGGAAUAUCGGUUUGUCAGCCAUAUAACUCCAUUCGACGUAAAGUUUGGUAAAUACGCUAACGUGAGUCCGAUGGCAGACGCGCUGUAUUUUGGGGAACCUUCUUUGAAGAACUCGAAGGCAUGACCGAAAUCCGCAAUCCUUUCAUGGAUAUCUUUCGCCCCUACGUUCCUGAUAUUGCUGGGUUCAUCGAAAAGGGUGACAAGCCGGGGCAAUCUUGCCUCUGCACUGGUAAAAUAAAGCAUACGGGAAAGUCGACACUCGUUGGUCAAUUCGAGUAUUUGAAGCUGCUUGUGCCACAAGAGAGAUGGGGGAGUAUCAAGUUGACAAUGAUUGCCCCACCGUGGUAUCAUCUUAGAUAUAAGGAUGGCAAGGCGUUCCCCAAAGAAGUCUAUCCCAGUGACGAAGAAUACUUUUCCGAUAUCUCAAAAGCUGUUAGCGCGGAGUUGGACAUCUUGUAUGAAGCUGGACUCAGGAAUGUGCAGUUUGAUGACCCGAAUUUUGCAUGUAAGUAAUUUGACAUGAUUCACAGUUCAGCAAGAGCUAACGGGUAAAAGACUUCUGCUCCGAGGAGAUGCUUAAAGGUUGGGAGGAAGACAAAUCCAAUACUAAAACUGCCGAUGAGUUGCUCGAUGCUUACAUCAAGUGCUAUAAUGACAGCAUAGAGAAACAUACCGCCAAAAUGCAUUUUGGUUUACACAUUUGCAGGGGCAAUUUCAUGGGGUCACGUCACUUCUCCGAAGGAGGUUACGAUCGCAUUGCUACCAAGCUCUUUCGUAACCUUAAUGUAGCAACAUACUAUCUCGAAUACGAUACACCGCGGUCUGGUAGCUUCGAGCCACUGCUCUACCUCCCACACCACAAGAAUGUCAUCCUCGGAGUCAUUACAUCAAAAUUUCCAGAACUCGAAGACAAAGAGGAGAUGAAAGCAAGAGUCAUGGAAGCUGCCGAUAUUGUAGCAAAAGGAGCAGGACAGACGAGAGAUGAAGCAUUGAGAAGAUUAGGUGUAAGCCCUCAGUGUGGAUUUGCCAGUCAUGAGGAGGGUAAUUUAGUAGGAUGGGAAGAUAUGAAGAAUAAGUUGUUAUUGGUCAGAAGUAUUGCGGAUGAAAUCUGGCCUGGUGAGCCCUGAAUGGAAACGGAGCGUGUUUCAACAGUUGCGUAUGAUUAUACACUAUAGUUAUAAUUUCUAGUAAUAGUAUGCCUGCAGCCUCUGAGCUUAACAUCCCUCCAAUCCCUUGAGCGUAAAUCUAGAACUUUGCCCCUGCUUUGACGUCUGCUUGCGGGAAUAAUGUUUAUUGACCCGUUGUCCAUACAGGUUGUCACCACCACUCCACCCCUUCCGAAUGGGUAUCUACAUACCUUCCUUCAA